AGUUUCUUCUGCUUGCAAAACACUGUGAAAACUGGACUAUGGGAAAGAGAAGCAAGUUCACAGUAAGAUUAAAGACAGUGUAUGAUUAAUACAACCUUACCUUAUAGAAAGUGUAUCACUACCGAUUUCUGUCAGUGUGUCUAUUUGGAUGGCAGGAAAGCAAGUUUUCUGAUUUCUUAACUAAGCAGCAAGUAAGGCAACAAUCAAAUAAAACAAGAACAGAUCUGCGAGCAACAAAGCAGUCACAAAUCUCUCCCUGUAAGUAGAUGGUCGGGAAUCUGACAAGAUUAGACAGGUCAGAUGAAGAUGGGCUGGUUACAUUGAAGAGAAAACAGAAAGGGGCACUUCUUACUUUUGGAUGUUUAUAAAUCCAGCAGAAAAAAGGGUAACAGUGGAAGGAAAAUGUCAAAGAAAGACAGGUUCAAAAAACGUUUCUCCAAGAUCUUUUCCAAAAGUGAGACUAGUUUGAAAGAGCUUGAAAAACAGGAAAGCAAUAGAUCAUUAAACAAUCUGCUAGAGGGGGAUCACAGCAGCAAGAGAAGAAAAAAGAAGGACAAAGAGAAACAAAAGAGAAGUAGAGAAUCACUGGAAAGGAGUUCUGAAGACCUUAAACAAAGGGUUAAAUCUUUGGAAAAUGUGGGAGAGAAGUGGCCAGACCUCAUAGAGACACAAGGAAGUCAAGAAGAGAAAUCAACCACCAGCUCCAGAAAACGCUACCUCAGCUACUCAGAGGCAGAUCUUGGAAGAAGUAGUUUAUUCCGGAAAUUUGGAAGCUUGCUUUCUGUUAGAGGCCGGAAGAAGAAAAACAGUGACUCUGAUAUUUCGGACUCUGUUGCCCAUGUGGAAUCUUCAUCAUCAUCAGGCAGUUAUCAGCUAGAACAGUCAGCUGAGCCUGAAGAGCAAAGAACAAAAACAUCAUCUAAUGUCAAUAAAAAUGAUAAAGGCAACUCCAAAUAUAACACAUAUCCUCACAAGAGAAAAUCCUCUGAGAAGGAAGCAAACACUCUAGAAAAUAGCUCUAAGUUUUCAAAGAGCAGAGAGGAAAUACCAGACAAACUAAAUCCCACAAGGAUUGCAAUUUCUACAUCAUUUGAUGCUCUACCUCUGUCAGAAAGCUCAUCUCACACUAAGGCUGAAUCGAAUGAAAAUGCAACAGAUACUCCAAAACCAGAUUCCAGCAGCUCAGCCCUAGGAGUACCCCAUACAAGUGAUGCUGCAACACAUCCUGAUAUAGGUGACGAUCCUGCUGUGCCCCUCUCGACAUGGGCACAAAGCAUCUUAGAUACAUACUUACAUCAUGGGUCACCGGAACCUGUCUCUAAGUCACCUAAUCCUGCAUAUGCAGGGGCUCAGCAUCUUCUGUCUGAGGAAGAUAAUAGUGCUGAUAAAAAUACAUUGUUCAGUAAUCCAGCCUAUAACAAAGAAUUUCAGUUCCAGAACACAUCAUUAGAGGAGAAAACAACUACAAAUACAUAUGCUACAGACACAGGUGCACCUUUUAAUGAAAUUACACCAGCAAACAAGCCCAGGAAGACAAAAUAUAUCAUAACAAUUGCACUACAAAAGGAGGAAGGGGGUGAGAUUCAAUGCAGCACUUCCACAGGAGAAAAUUCCACAGCUGGGGAAAGUCAUCAGGUUUCCAUUAAAAGCUUAGACCAAAGUAUACAUGCUAAAGACAGAGGCAUUGUUGGCAGAGAAGUACACCAAAAGCAGCAAACAGAUAACUUAAACACAAAGCCUGAUACAAAACCAGUAAGUCCUGCUCCUGCACUGACACUAACAGAGGAAUCCAAAACAUUUAGUUCUGAAUGCACAGAUACACCCAGAGGCACAGGUGAAAUACGCCCCAUCACAAAGCAGGUGCUAACAAACACAGAAUUAAAGAAAUACCUCCAGCAGUCAGAAGAAUUAGGAACCCAGAAGACAGAAAAACAAGGACUGGAUGCUGAUUUAGCUGAAAAUGUUUCAGAAAGUGAAGAUUUGACUGUACACAGGUGCAAGAUUUCACCUGUGGUAAAAACAGAACUCCUUAGCCAUUCUGAGGAAGACUAUCAAUCAAGUACUGCUACCCUUGUUGAAGAACAUAACAAAGAUCAAAGCAACGGAAUGAACAUCAACAGAGAGGGGGGCAUGCCCUCCAAGUACCAGUCAUAUUUAAUGAACUCAAAAAUAUCGGGCUCUUCUGACAGGACUUCCAGCACAUCUAGGGGUACAUUAGGUACCAGUUUCACCCUGAAGUCAAACCAACUCCCAAGCAAGGCUGAUGAUGUAAGACAUAGGAUUCACAAAAUGUCCCUUGUGUCAGAGGGCCAAAGCAGCAGAACUGGAAAUGGUGAAAGAGACACAAAUGAUAUGAACAAAAAACUAGGCCCACAUGAGAGUUACAAAUAUUUGUCUUUCUUGGAGACUCUUAAGAGUCCCACAGAAAAAACGCCAGCAGAAAGUGAAAACUCCAAUAAGGUGGGAUACAGUUCUCUAGGAGAGCAGAAACCAGCAGAAAACAGAGCAAUUCAGAAUGGAACUAUAACAAACAAUCUUAUUUCAACUAAAAUUGAUGCCAGAAAUGAGAGAAAAGAUAUGGCUAGUCCAGCCUCUCAGAGUCCCAUUUUCUAUCAGCUUUACUCUUCAGGUAAAAAUAAAUCCAUUUCAGCAGAUGUCACGGGUGAUAUACAACAUUGUGACCCAUCCUCUGUGCCAUCUAACUCAAUCAGAACAGAUCCAGUCAUAUUCCUGCCCCAAAAAGACUCAACUACACCCUUGCCAAAUUUGAGCACACCAUCUGGAAGACAGCAAGGCAGUGUGAUACAAGAGAAAGUGUCCAUUCAGCCAACUCCUAAUAGCAUAUUAAAAAAGACUGAAGAGCUGUCAUUAGUUGGGAAAGCAUCUGGAAAUAAAACAGGGGAAAUUGCUACAGACCCAGAGGAAUGCAGUGCAUCUGACCUCAGUGAAGAUGAAUCUGUAAAAAGUGAAGAUGAGGUUGACAAUUUAGCAGACAUGGAAGGUUUUGUGGAUACUGUCCGCAACUUAGAUUGUAAUAUUUUUGUAAGACACCAUAGAGGACAAAGGCCUUUAAGGCCUACCCCUCCUUCUAUGUUCUCCAACUUACCUCCAAUUGAAGAAGAUCAGAUGUCAUAUCAAGGUGAAACCUCCCCUGAUCCAUGUUUAAAAAAGGAGGAUGAGUUUAUGUGCUCCAUUUCAACUAAGGAAGAUGAAAACUCAAAUCUGAAUAGAUUGUUAACUCUUGUCCAUAAUGGACCGAAGGAGACAGUCAAAAUGAAUAUAUUAACUUCAUCAGACAAUGCUAAAAAUGUGCCUUCUGGAAAAACAGAGGAAGUUACAAAUCCCAAUACAUCUAUAAAGAAGGAUGCCUUAAACUUAAAAGAAUUUUCAAAGCCUUUAACUCCUCAUAACACAGAAUUAAAGACUGCUAAUAAGGAGAUAAUCCUUCCUUCAGAAGAUCUGAAUAGGAAGCCUGCAGGAAACAUCCAGGAUUCUUCUGAAUUAAACAUGAAGCCAGUUAUAUCCACCAGCAUAUCUAAAGAAAAAGAAUUAUCAAGUGCAGAGUCUUCAAGACCUCUAUUGCCGAAAGAUUUUGGAUUAAAGAAGACAGCUGAAAAAGAUAACCUAACACCUUUACAAAUGAUGAAAAUGCAGACCGGUGAAGACAGACCAAAAAUUGGGCUUCAAAGAGCUACAGCUGAAAAAAGUGUUGUUUUUCAGCAAGGUUCUAGGAUAGGAGCACCAAGUCGAUUCAGUUUUCCACCCACACCGCAGUUACAAGUGUCAGGGGCUCAAAGCAGAGACAACAACAUUGAUAACAGUACCUUCUCAAGUAGCAAAUUAACAGAUAUUGGCCCUUUCAAACUACCUGUGAAAGAGAUGGACAAAGACUUGAAGAAAGUUCCAGAUGCAUUGUCAAAAUUUGUCUUACCAAGCUUGCCAAGUUUCAAAGACAAAAAUCUUAUAGCAGCCAGUAGCUCAACAAUGGUGCCAAAGGAUCCUUUGCUUCAUACCACAGCAACAUCUGGACAUGAUUUCCAUUCAUUGUCUCAAAAUGGUUUGAAUCCAGCAGUUGCCAUUUCAGGGAUUUCAAAUGCUGCCUCAUUAAUGACUCCAGAAAUAAAAGGAGUAGCAGUUCCUAGACAACCGAUUUUAUGGAGUAGACAGGAAAGUAUAACAAAGGAGCAUGGACAAAUCAAACCAAGGCCUGGCAAGCUUUACAUUUACAACUCGUCAGACUUUAGAGGAGAAAGAAAAGAAAUUUGUACUGAUGUUGCUGAUUCAACGUCCUGGGAUUUGCCAUCUCUGAUUUCCAUCUUGGUAGUAAGAGGAGGGUGGAUCAUAUAUGAGGAGCCCAACUUUAAAGGAAAGAAAAUUGCACUAGAAGAAGGGGCACACGUUCUGCAUAAUUCAUGGUCAGAAGAAAAGGAAAACCCAGAGAUUGACCAUAAUAGGCCCACAAAGAUUGGUUCUCUGCAAAGAGUAGUUAAGGAUCAUACUAUUCCUGAAAUCAGUUUGUUUACUGAGACCAAAGGGGAAGGGAGAAAGACGGUGUUUUGUGAUCCUAAUGAAGACACACGGAUGUAUGGAUGGCCCAUUAAGGCAAAUUCUAUUACUGUGGUUUCUGGCACAUGGUUGGUAUAUGAGAAACCUUUCUUUGAAGGAGCUGAGUUUAUUCUAGAAGCUGGACAGUAUGAUACACAUGAAGCAUGGGGAGGCAAAGAACCGUAUAUUGGUUCACUUCGGCCUAUUGAAAUGGGUGCACCAGUUGUGGAAAAGCCAAGGGAGCAUUUGAUCACAAUUUAUGAAAAGACACAUUUUGUGGGGAAAAACAGAGACCUGCGCAGUGAAACCCAUGUCUUUGAAAGAAAACAUCAUGUCUUUAGCAGCGCAAUGACAGUAGGAUCUAUCAAAGUGCACAGCGGAUGCUGGGUGGGCUAUGAGAAGGAAGGAUUCCGAGGACAUCAGUACCUGUUGGAGGAAGGAGACUACGAAGACUGUCAUGCAUGGGGCGGAGUCAGUGCUGAUAUCAAAUCUCUACGGCCCAUACGAGCUGAUUUUGCUGACCCAUUGAUUAUACUGUUUGACGAAGUAAACCAGCUAGAGCUUGCAGAGGCCCUGCCAGAUGUGGCACUGCUAGAAUACAGUCAGACAACAAAGAGCAUCAAUGUGCAAAGAGGAGUGUGGAUAGCCUACGAGAAUGUGAAUUUUUCUGGUGCACAGUACAUCCUGGAGAAAGGCGUUUACCACAACUGCCAUGACUGGGGAGCUAGUGAAGACCAGAUAUCUUCAUUGCAGCCCAUUCUGCAGGCAGGUGAGACUCCACACAACACAUCUAAGAUAGAGAUGUUUUCUGAUCCAGCAUUUGAAGGUAACUGUGUCAGCUAUGACGAAAGCCGUCGGUGCUUACCACCAUCUUUCAGAAUGCACUCCUGCAGGGUAUUUGGUGGCAGCUGGAUACUGUAUGAAAGUCAAGACUUUGGUGGUAACCACUAUGUUUUGUUAGAAGGAGAGUAUCCCUCGCUGUCUGCCAUGGGCUGUCCUCACAAUGUGUCUUUCCAGUCUAUCAAACCUGUUUCACCUGUUUUAUCCAUGCCCUCCAUUUCACUGUACAGCUUGGAAUGUUUUGAGGGGAAGGAGAUUGAGUUCACCAGUGAUGUGUCUAGCUUGCUCGCUGAAGGCUACAAUAGUCAUGUGCUCUCUCUUAAGGUCAAGGGUGGCAUAUGGGUUGUAUAUGAGCACAAUAACUUCAGGGGAAGGCAGUGGCUACUGGUCGGUGUCGAGAUUACAAAUUGGCAAACAUUUAGUGGCAAGCAGCAUAUUGGAUCAUUGUUACCCCUUAGACAGAAAAAAGUCUACAUUCAUAUCAAGAACAAGGAGUUGGGCCAUUUCCUUGCAGUGAUGGUCGAUGCAGAAGAGACAAAGGCAGUCCGAGUGAUAGUGGCUGAGAGAUCAGAAAAAACACAUUGUGUCUGGUACUAUGAAGAUGGAGUCAUUAGAAAUGCAGUUGCUCCAAACAUGAGCCUGACAGUAAUUGGUAGUGCAGACUCUGGUUCCAAGGUUGUGCUCUGGCCUUCUACACAUUUAUCGCAUCACCUCUGGAAAGUUAGUUCAGGUGGACAAAUAUGCAACUUGAAUUUAGAUGGAAUGGUUCUUGAUGUGAAAGGGGGCACCCAGUAUGAUAAAAACCAUGCUAUAAUCAUCAAAGCUGACCAAGAAAAACCUACACAGUUCUGGGAUAUUGAGUUUUUGUGAGGAUACCAGCAUAUAGCUAAGACUGAAUCCAUCCACUUUUAAUAGUGAGAACUGAAUCAGAAUAUUCCACUUAGUUUCCCAGUAUUUGGGACUCAGAAACAAUACAUUCUGUAGAAGAGUCUUUCAAACAGAGAAAUGAAUUCUCAAAUUUUCCCAACGUGUCACAACUGUAUAUGGUUAUUGUAUAUUUUUAUAUAUAAAUUGUGUAUAUAUUACUUGUUUUGUCAAUUUGCACAAAUGAGAAAGCUUCAUAUUGAGUCUGUAAAAAUAAGUCAAAUACGUCUAGAUUAUAAUUUAUAAUAGCAUAUGACCUAAUUGAAUGUAACAUAUCAGUCCUCAUUGUUUUUUUUUCUGCUUGGUAACAGAGUUUUGCCAUAUAUUGUCUUUUUAUCCAAAUCUACAGCUGUGGACAUUACAUUUUGAAGAUAUCUGAGAGAUGUACAGAGAGCUAUAAUGGCUGAAGGCAACCAAAGUACACAGAUCCUAGUAUCCUGAACUCGUGCCAAAAACUAUAUUGUAAUAGAGACCACCCUAAUAUCAAAUGUAUUGUACAAGUACUCUCUGCUUUUCCUGAAUCUAGCAGUGGGAAUUGUCAGUAUAACCUGAAAAUGCCUACAUAUUCUCUUAAUAGCAGAGAUUUCUGUGGAAAACAAUGGUAAUUCAAGCAUGCCAAGUAAUUUGUCCCUUUUGGAACAAAUGCAUCAGCCAAUAUAUGGUCUACAUAUAAUUACAAUUUUUAGCAAAAAGUAUUUUAUAGAUGUAUUUUGAAUGGAUUAUUAAAGCAUUGCUAUAUGAGCUGCUGGAAAAUAUGAGGGAUUGUUUUUUAUUGUACUGAGUGACUUUGUAAGUAUUUGCUGCUGUGCCUUACCUGCUAUUAAGAUGUGUUUGUGUGUAUUUAUAUUAUUAGUUGAACACAUCAAGUUUCUUUCAUCUUUAUCUCUCAGGACCAAAGUUUAAAUUAAGUAUAAAAAUGUUUUCAACCAUUUGUCUGAAAUAGUUACUUAGGUACCUUUUGUAUUUCAAAUUUUAAACAGCUAUUCAUUUCAUUUGAUCUUCUACAGUAAAUGCAAGUAGUGGAAUAUAUCUGAAAUAUUUGUAAUUUUUUGAGUCUCCCUAAAAUAUAAGGCCAACCACAGAGGACAAUGAAUUCAUGCAGGCAGUUUUUUUUUGUCUGUUUUGUCUGUUCAGAAUAUUAUGCAAAACAGUAUAUAGUAAGUCUUCUUUCUUACCAAAAACAUAAAAAAUAAUGAAAUCCCAAACCACAUAAAGAAAAUGACUAGGAACUCCACUGACAGGACAUAUAGUUCUUUUAUUAUAUCCGUUCUGGUACCUCGGCUUCUCGCCUUCUAUUGGAAAGUUUUUAAACUCCAAGUAUGACCCUAUAUAUACCAAUCCUUUCCAACAAUAAUUCAGUUAAAUUAUCCAAUUAAAUAAUUACUUCAUUAAUUACAUCAUUGAUUAAAUGCCUAACUACAAAGCCAGUCUUUUAAGUACAGACUAAAAAAGUACUUUUUAAACUCACAAUUAUUAUCUCUAUAAAAUGCAGUUUCAUUCAGCCAAGGACUAGCAAUUGAUAUGCAAACAUUUAUAAUACUAUAAUUUUGCAGAAAAGUUUUUUGAUUGUAUUAAAUACACCCAGCAUAAAAUACAUCCA